CCCCCCCUCCCGAGACCAGCCCCGAAGGCUCUGCCCCGUGCUCCGACUCUAGCCCGAAACCCGCGAGGAUGAUAGGAACGGGAGUCUGCUGAGCAGCUCUCGCACGUAUGUGUAUUCACGACCAUGGCGUUCAACGGUUAUUCCCCCCUGGACGAGGCGAGUGGCGACCUCAGCCCGCUCACCCCUGUGCUUCGCCAAGGACUUACAGCCAUCGCCGUGCUGUCUUGUCUCUCGUUCGUGUCUUCCACGGUGGUACUGGCCUAUCUCACCGUCAAGCUCGCACGAUGGCAUCUCAGAACCUGGAGGCAAUCCCGCAACGCCGCCGCGGGCCCGACUACCCCCACGGUUGACCUCGCCCUGGGCCUCGCCGAAGGCCUUUACAUGGGCGAAGCUGCCAAACGGGGACGACCUCCACCGCGGAAGAAGGCUCGCCCUAACCAGUUUGUGAUCCUGUUAUAUAAUCUUUUAUUGGCCGACAUACACCAAGCAGCGUCAUUCAUCCUCAACGCCGUCUGGGUUGGGGGUGACGGGAUCCGGGUCCAGACGGCCACCUGCUGGGCUCAGGCAUGGCUCAUCCAGACGGGCGAUCUGGCGUCCAGCUUCUUCAUCACCGCCAUCGCCGUACACACAUACCUCGCUGUUGUAUGGAAGUACACGCCGCCCCAAUCGGCCGUCUAUGCAGUUGUCAUAUUCUUAUGGGCCUUUAACUAUAUUUUAAUCAUAAUCGGGAUUGCCGUCACCGACAAUGGCAGGGAGGUCGGGGGGUUCUUCGUCCGGGCGACGGCAUGGUGCUGGAUCAACGUCCGCUACGAAGGCCUCCGCCUCUACAUCCACUAUCUCUGGAUCUUCAUCGCCCUCGCCGUCACAGGCAUCCUUUACACUCUCAUCUUCCUUUCCCUCCGGAAGAAACGCCUUUCUCAACCCACCAACAUCAGCUUAACCUCCGCAGAAGCAACAGACUCGAGGACUAAGAUCCACAACGUCAGCACCGACAUCAACAACAGCACCACCGACAGCAUCACCAGCAAACCCCUCCCCCAACUAACCCUCCACGCCGUCCCCUCACUCAACACCAGCACCACCAAACUCUCACACCCUCACAACCAUCACAACAACAACCACAACCACAACCACAAUAACCACACCACCACCACCUACCCCUCCCAACAAACCCAACAACAACCCGACCCGCACACCCCCACCGCGGGAGGCCACGACAAAGCCUUCCUCCUCUACCCGCUAAUCUACAUCCUCUGCACGGCCCCGCUCGCGCUGGGGCGCAUCGCCACCAUGGCCGGCGUGGACGUGCCCGUGUGGUACUUCUGCACGGCGGGCGCGCUCAUCACCAGCAACGGGUGGCUGGACGUGCUUUUGUGGGGCGUGACGCGGCACCGGCUGCUGUUUGGCGGGGACGUGGAUGCCGAGGAGUCCGGGUUGGAUACCUUUGCGUUUAUGCGCACGCCGCAUGGGCGGAGGUGGGGGAAUAUGGUUUGGGUGGAGGGGGGUGGUGGUGGUGGGGGUGGGAAUGGGGGUGGGAAUGGGGGGAAGGGGGGUGUUGGUGGGAAUGGGCAUGGGUUGGGGGGUGGUGGUGGUGGUGGUGAGGGUGAUGCGGGGAAGUUGGGCGGGUUGGUCAAGCGUCGGAUGGGUUGGCGGCCGUUGGGGUUUGGAGGGGGAGGUGGUGGUGAUGGGGGGCAAGGGGAGAGGAGGGGCAGAGGGGAUGGGGGUGGACAAUCUGGGAGUGCCCUGGGGGCGGGGAGAGAGGAUGGGCUGGCGAUUCAGAUGGAUAUGGUUACGACAGUGGUGGUUGAGCCGGCGGAAACGGCUGGGGAUGGUUGGGAUAGGGGAAGGAGUAGGCACGUCCCUAAUGGCUCGACGGGGAGUAGGAGUGGGAUGAUUUAUGAUACAGAUUCGGCCCCCGAGGAUGGGCUUGUUAAGAAUAUCAGUUAGAGAUCCUUGUGUAGGAUAGAGAUAGACAAGAUCUGUUUGUCUAACUAUUUUCCCCGUGCGGCUACCGGUUAUGGCGACCAACGGACAGGGCUAGCGUUGAUGUUCAUAUGGAAAUUACGUGUCCUUCCAAUGAGCAAAAUGUCGGGCUAUACACGCACCCAGGCUGCCAGGCGACUGUAGGUUAUUCGAUAACCUUUGAAAGAAGUUG